GUACACACACCGCACGACUACCGCUGAAGGCGUUGCUCAGCUCUGCUGUUCGUCCAUCAACAACAAUGAGCUUCGAGGUGGAAUCGGAGGAUGUCAUUCGGCUCAUCCUACAGUUCCUGAAGGAGAACAACCUGACCAAGACGCUCAGGGCUCUUCAGGCGGAGUCUAGCGUGUGUCUCAACACCAUCGACAACCUGGACAACCUCAUGAGCGACAUCAACCACGGGCGUUGGGAGGCGGUCAUGCCUCAGGUGUCGUCGCUGUCUCUUCCUCUGGCCAAGCUCGUGGCGGUGUACGAGCAGCUGGUGCUGGAGCUGCUUGAGAUGAGGGAGCUGGACGUCGCCAGGGAGAUCUUGCGCACGGCCGACCCGUUCCUUCAGAUGAAGAAGGAGGAGCCCGAUAGGUAUCUUCGGCUGGAGCACUGGCUGCAGAAAGGCGCCGCCAUCGACCCGCGAGACUUGUACCCUGCAGGGAGCUCGAAGGAAAAGCGCCGAGCGGAGAUUGCCAACAUGCUUAUCCCUGAGGUGAGCGUUGUCCCGCCGAGUCGUCUCUUGGCGCUGGUGAACCAGGCCCUGAAGUGGCAGCAGGUGCAGGGCCUUUUGCCCAGGGGCCAGAAGUUCGACCUCUUCAGAGGCGGCGCCCGUGCGAGCAAGAAGGAUAUGGAGGAGAAGCCUCCCCGGAAGAUGGCCGGCCAAAUUAAGUUCGGUACGAAGAGUCACCCCGAGGUGGCACAGUUUAGCCCGGACGGGCAGUACCUGGCUUCCGGCAGCGUUGACGGCUUCGUCGAGGUAUGGGAUUUCGACACGUGCAGACUGCGCAAGGACCUGGCGUACCAGGCCAAGGACGAGUUCAUGAUGCACGACAAGGCAGUCCUUUGCGGUUCCUUCAGCAGGGACGGCGAGCACCUGGCCACCGGCAGCACCGAUGGCAAGGUGAAGGUCUGGAAGGUGUCCACCGGGCAGUGCCUCAGGCGCUUCGAGAGCGCGCACACGCAAGGGGUCACCUCCGUGGCUUUCGCGAGGGACGGGUCUCAGCUGCUCUCGUCCUCCAUGGACCAGACGGCGCGAAUCCACGGCCUCAAGUCCGGGAAGAUGCUCAAGGAAUUCCGGGGUCAUACGUCCUACGUGAACACCGCGGUGUACAUGCACGACGGUGCUAAGGUGGUCACCGGGUCAGCGGACGGCACGGUAAAGGUGUGGGAUGCGAAGACGACCGAGAAUCUACACACGUUCCACCCCGCCCUGUCCAUCGGCUCCCACACGGAGGCCAGCGUGCACACGGUCCGCCCCCUGCCGGGCUCCGCCGAGCAGGUGCUGGUGUCCAACCGAACUUCUACGGCCUUCCUUUGCACCCUGCAGGGACAGGUGGUGCGGAGCUUCACGAGCCCAAAGUCUGUGCGCGCAGACUUCACGUGCGCGUGCCUGUCUCCCAAGGGCCGGUGGGUGUACUGCGCGGGGGAAGACGGGGAGUUGUUCUGCUUCGACGCGGCCUCGACCGAGGUUGAGAAGACGCUGAAGGUGUCGGAGAAGGAGAUCAUCGGCCUGGCGCAUCACCCCCACAGGAACUUGCUGGCGACGUUCAGCAACGAAGGGCUGCUAAAGCUUUGGAAGUCAUGACAACGGCAAGGGACGAGAGCUACGUCUGUUGAGCAGUAACUUUUUCAGUUUUGUGAAUAUAGCAAAUGGCACGGCGGAUUCUUUUCUGAAGGUGGCUAGGCUGUCUGUGUGGAAAAGUUUCAUUAUGUAUUCGCGCUGCUGUGUCACGGCGGAUGAAAUGCAUUCAUGCAGUACCACUUUUUCGACGUUUCCGGGAAAGCCACGGAACGCCAUGGUUUGCUCAACGCGCGGAGCCACGGAACGCCAUGGUUUUCUCAACGCGCGGAACCAUAUCGUAGUGCGUGCUCAAGGAACUUGAUGAACGUCUUGGUUGUUUCAAGCUGUAACAAACAAUAUGGGUGGCGAUGGCGGCGUUGCCAACUUCGAUUCUGGGUGAUAAUUUGCUCCGGUCCGUCUUUGUGCUUGCUGUGGAGAACAUUUCGGCAGUCGCGACACGUCGGAUUUUUCUUGGCCGUGAAGAUGCACGGUGCCGAUUCGAUAUUGCACUUGUGUUGGAAUAGGGAGCCUGGGGCGUGCAGUGAAGCCUAGGGUGAGUGGUCAACUCCAAGACUUGAUGGACUCAGGCGUUUGUUGUUGAUUGUCUUCAGUUUAUAGUUUCGGUGUGAUCGAGCCGACCAGCGGAAGCGACGAUAAGGUCUACAAUAUACUGUGUCGUGCGUGCUCUAUCCUUCGUUAUGCAAUUGGCCAGAGCCAGCCUCUUUGGCACCACUUUCCUCCCCGCUUUCUUUCUGCGCAUCAAGAACUUAGCACCCGUGAAUACACCCGCAUAUUUUGGUCUUUUUCAUUUUGUACAAUCAUUGAAAACACGACGUCGCAGCAUGUGGUUCUUGCUUCCCUCGCAACCCCGUCAGAGAAUCGAAGGAGGAUGGACACAGCAGUGGUGAGUGCCUCCAAGCAGGCCUCGACACCCCCCACCUCACUCCUGUAACCCAUAACAGCAGCCCUCAAUUGAAAGGGAUGGAAUAUUAUUCGCGUUGAAUUCCGACAGGCCGAUGCUUGCCUCAAUGGCAACGCUCUCGUGCCUGCUUUCAGCUCAUCAAUACCUCAAUACCUGUCAUUACAUCCACUUUGUGUUGUUCACAAGUUGUAGGAACGAAAAACAGAAUAUGCGUCUUCUUGCCCUCGUAUCACCAUCAGGACAUCGAAAGAGCAGGAAGUACCUUGUAGCGGCCCUCAUCCAUGCCUUCGCCACCCUCUAAUCUCAAAUCCUGUAGCAAACGACAACCACCGCCCCCUCGUUGGUAAGUGACCGAAUAUCCUCUGUAGCAAAAUUCCAACAGCGAAGCCACAGUACGCCACAAACCAAACUUCGGGGCCCGCGCCCACUUUGCCCCCCCGUGGACAAAAAAGCGUUCACUGCAUAAUGGGCGCUUGAUCUCUGUCGUCCCAACCGCGUGUAGACGGAGGCAAUCUCGAUUUCGUCAGAGCUCCGGUUCAUGCGAUGGCGACGCAAAGACUCCCCGAAACAUGUUCACAUCAUGGGCCACUUGCGACCAUGUCAAGAAUUCACUCAUACACGCCGCUAGGCAAGAGACCUUCUUGCAUCAUUUUGCCCGCCGAGGCCGCCGUCGUGUUUUUCACUCGGCGGCCGCCCAGCGGGGUCGGGCGAUGACAGAGGAGCCAACAACACACACAUUCACCGACACUACUCACACGCCAAUGAAACAACACGCGGAACGGGGCACCUCCUCCCGCCGAACAUGUAACAACAUCUACUCACACACUACGGGAGGACCACACAUGGCACACGGAACGUCGCAGCUUCUCUCGCAGGAAUGUAAAAAUCAAGGCAUACAUAGCGAGAAGCCCUGCCGGCGACAAUCCCGGCCAACAAAACAAAUCGCGAACCCCGCCACCCCUCAAGACCAUCGGAGUUUUCGUUGGCUGCAACUUGAAGCGGGUUGAAAUAUUCCAAUAAAUACGACUAGCCUUGUCCAGCCCGGCUUGGAGCAAACUGCUGUGUGCCCCCGCUCGUUCUCCGCGCCAGUGUGACCGAGGGCAACCCCCCCCCCCCCCCCC